AUGUUCGGUUGGUCAAACGCAUACGUCGCGAUCGUUGGAUUAUCGCUGAUAGUCAGCGUCUCCUUGGCGGCACCAGAAUGUACGCGCAGCGAGGAAUACUGUCAGGAUCGGGCCAUGCACCCGGAUUUACCCGAAGCCCCGACAGCCACCAAGUCGAGGGCGAUCGAGGGUGAGAAUACCAAUGAAUACUGGCGGGAGAAGGCAACACAGCACAUCAAGGAGAAAUUGUCUGCCGAGUUGAACAAGAAUAAGGCCAAGAACAUUAUUUUCUUCCUGGGCGAUGGAAUGGGCGUGACUACGACAUCGGCGGCACGUAAUUUGUUGGGCGGCGAGGAAAAGGAGCUCUCCUUUGAACGUUUCCCUUACACUGGUAUGGCGAAAACCUACGCCGUCAAUAAGAUUGUACCCGAUUCCGCCUGCACAGCAACUGCCUAUUUGUGUGGCGUUAAGGCUCAGGAAGGUACCAUCGGUGUCAUUGGUAGCCUUGACCGUUCCACCUGCGUAGACAACGAGGACACGCAUGUUCCCUCGAUUGCCAAGUGGGCAAUUGAUGCAGGCAAAUGGUCGGGCUUGGUGACCACAACUCGAGUGACUCACGCCUCUCCGGCUGGCGUCUAUGCUCACACCUCGGAACGUGACUGGGAGAAUGACCAAGAUGUGAAGAACCGUUGUUCAGACAACGAACAGAAUGUCCAUGACAUUGGCUAUCAGUUGGCCAAUAAUGAAGUGGGCAGUAAAUUAAAAGUCAUUUUGGGAGGAGGAAAGAGGAAUUUCGUGGAUUCUGGUAUCGAAAGCUGGGGAGCACGUGUAGAUGGACGCAAUCUGAUCGAGGAAUUUAAAGACGCCAACGAGCGUAAUGUCUAUGUGGAUACUGUGGAUCAAUUGCUUGCAGUGGAUGUCACCCAGACGGAUCGUCUGUUCGGUCUAUUCAACACGGAUCAUAUGAAGUAUCGCAUGGAGAACGAAGAGGAUACCACCGAGCCCAGCCUGGAGCAGAUGACACGUAAGGCCAUCGAGCAUUUGAGCCAGAAUGAAAACGGUUACUUCCUCUUCAUCGAGGGCGGCCGCAUCGAUCAGGCUCAUCACGAGAAUUGGGCACGCAUGGCUCUCAAUGAGACCACUGAGUUCUCUAGCGCCAUUCAAGCAGCUCGAGAUCUAACCAACGAGGAGGAUACCCUUAUUGUGGUCUCUGCUGAUCAUUCUCAUGUCUUUACCUACGGUGGAUAUGGAACACGUGGUCAAGAUGUUCUCGACGCAGCCCCUAGUAAGGCAGCCGAUGGCAAACCCUACAUGAUCUUGAACUAUGCAAAUGGCCCUGGCUACACCCUCAACUUCAAUUCAGAUGCCAAGGAACGCAAUGAUCCUACAACUGUGUUGACUGGAUCAAAACACGACAGAUAUCCAUCGGGUGUGCCCAUGGGAAAUGAUUCCCAUGGCGGUGAUGACGUACCAGUUUUUGCUUUGGGCCCUUGGGCCCACUUGUUUACCGGCAUUUAUGAGCAGAAUACCAUUCCCCAUAUAAUGGCUUAUGCAGCUUGCUUGGGCGAAGGUCACACCAUGUGCAGCGUAGAAUCGAAGCAAAAGAAGUAAGGAGUAGGAGGUGAAGAAGGUGGUGGUGGCAUGUGGCCAUGUAGCAUGCCUGGCGUUCAUAACAAUUAAGUUUGAAGCUCAUUAAAUCCAGCAACUGCCAUUUGCAUUCGCAUGCACUUGAGUUUAUUAUACGAUCCUGAGCUGCUCCUGCUACAUCGUCAUCAUCCAUCCUUACCGCCGUCCUCAAGGCAGCCCCCCCAACCACUCUUCUGUCAAGUUCUUAAAUGCAAAUUGUAAAUUGAAUUAAAGCGAAUUUCCACAAUUUUCAAAAGUAA